CGCCUCUCAGCGCAAGGCCCUCAAUAAUAUUCUCUAUGAGGUCAGAUUCGUUCGUGAGCAGUGCGCUGGCCUGAUCCCUGACAUCGACUGGGGCACCGACCUUUGCUCCGCCGCCACUUCCUACGACGGCGAGGAGGUGCCCCCUGCCGAGCCCCUCGACCGUGAUCGUUUGCUCGAAGCCCUGCCUCCUCGAGAGGCGUGCGCUGCCGUGAGGGCCGUCGAUGUGACAGAGGGCUGGAUCAGAGCUGCCCUCUCCGAUCCAGGUCUGAUCCUGAAGGACGAGUCGGAGCUUGGCAGCCUGCCCCCCACUCCGAAGGUCUGGGCCUCGAACGAGGAAUGGGAGCUUAUCGCUGGCGACCUACUCGGGAGAGGGAUUCUCAAGACGAUCGAGUACGAGGACAUCGUGGAGGUUCAAGGGCGAAAGUUGAUGGGGGGCAUGUUCGGCGUGAAGAAGGGACCCCACUUGAAGGGCGAGGGGCCGCAGCGGCUGGUGAUGAACAUCAUCCCCUCCAACUUCAUCCAGAAUACUAUCGAGGGCGACAUGCCGAUGCUGCCCCACAGCGACAAGCGGAAGAGCGUGAUCCUCAGGUCUGGAGAGGUGAUGCUCUGGAGUGCGGAGGAUCUGAAGUGCUGCUUCUACGUGUACAGCCUCGGCGAUGUGUGGCUGAAAUACAUGGCCAUCUCAAAGCCCGCGAGGAGGUGCGCCGCUGGGCUUUCAGGCAAGGGCAUGAUAUACCUGGCCGCCGCCGUCGCGCCCAUGGGAUGGAUAUCGGCCACCGGGGUGAUUCAGCACAUCCAUCGUGGCUCUCGCAUCUCAGGAGUGGCCCCCGUCCGUGGCGAGGUCGGCCGCACUUAUGAUGACGACAAGCGGACGAUCUACAUCGGGCGCGGCUCCAGCUCACUGCAGCUUGCUCCAUCAAAGUGGGGCAACCCGUUCCGCAUUCGGGAUGGUCUGGACAGGAGGCGGGCCAUCGAGCUAUUCGCAGAGCACCUGGAGAAGUCGCCCGACCUUCUGGCCGACUUAUCCUCUCUGGGUGGUGUUCGGCUGCUUUGCCACUGCAAGGAGCACCAGGCCUGCCACGGCAAUGUUCUGAUCGCGAAGUGGUUGGAGCGCUUCAACACGCCAGCCCUCUGGAGGGCCUGGCAGGUGUACAUCGACAACUUGGAUGUGCUGGAGAUCACCGACUGGUGGCGCGCCAAGUCCCUGCAGGAGGAGGGGAUCAGCGAGGCGGUCGACCUGGCCCGUCGGAGGUAUGAGCACGUCAACGUGCCAAGAAGCGAGAACAAGGCCGUCAUCCGCGAGACCACGACGCAGUCCCUCGGGGAGGCGAUCGAUGGGGAUCGCGGCACCAUCGGGCCGCCCGCAGAGUUCGUGCGACGGCUGAUCUCCCUCACCCUGGCGACUCUGCAAAGGCCCACAGUGACUCAGAAGUGGAUGCAGAUCCUGGCGGGCCGAUGGGUUCGGUGCCUCCUGUUCAGCCGCGAGGCGAUGAUGUGCUUCACUCACUUGUGGCGAUUAUUGGUGAAGUUGCGUGGCGAUGCGAAGGUGCCGCGUAAGGUGCGCGAGGAGCUGGCGUCGGCCGUGACGUUGCUCCCUUUACUUCGCUGUGACCUGCGCGUGCCGAUCAGCGGGCUGGUGACGGUCUCGGAUGCCAGCAUGCAGCGUGGAGCCGUGUGUCGAGCUGUUCGCAUUCGGCCUGAUGGAGUGGCCGCUGCGAGAGCGGCCAGCCGAAGGCUGGUGACUGACUUCCGCGACGAGGUGGUGCUCCUGUCCUUGUUCGACGGCAUUGGUGGGGCUCGCCGCGCCCUGGACCUGUUGGGGCUCACUCCCGCGCUGUUCGUGUCCGCCGAGAUCGACGCCGAGGCGAAGCGAGUGACCAAGUAUGCAUGGCCGGACGCGCUGGAAGUCGGCGACGUCUGCUCCUUUGGGUUCGCCGAGGCGGUGGCCAUCCGUGAACGAGUUCCGCAUGUGAAAUGGAUACUAGUGGUGGCCGGUAGCCCUUGCAGCGACCUGUCCCGCAUCAACGUUGAGCGUGCUGGCCUUCAAGGGAGACGCUCACGUCUGUUCUACGAGAUAAACCGCAUUGUGUCUCUUCUGCGCGAGGCGCUGGGUGAUUUCUGCACGGCGCUGUCCCCGGUUGAGAACGUGGCCUCAAUGGAUUCGGAACCGCGACAGUUGAUGUCACAUUCCCUGGAAUGCGAACCUGUGCGCAUCUCAGCGGGUGAUGUCACACACUGCCAGCGUGACCGCGUGCAUUGGAUCAAGGAGGAGCUGUUGACGCCGUGGCAGGGCGAGUCGUUUGUCAUGGACUCGGCGAAGCACGUCGUGAUCCCGGACGGGCCCGGUCCAGUUGAACGCUGGCUGGCCGCUGGGCUUCAGUGGCAGGGUGACGUCCAGGAGGACUUCCGCCUGCCCACCUUCCUGCGCUGUGUUCCUCGUCGUGCUCCAGGUCAAUUCCCGUCGGGUCUCGACAAGUGCGCAGGUCAUGAAGUCGAGCUUUGGCGCAGGUUCAACUACUGCUACGCGCCCUAUCAGUUCCAGGACAUCAACUGCAUCGAGGAGCCUGGCGGCAGCCGAAGGCCCCCCUCGAGUGUCGAGAGAGAGCUGCUGCUCGACUUCCUUCCAGGGCACACGAUCACGGCACGAGUGACUAGAGCGCGCAAGCUUGAGAAAGCUGAUCUGGAGUGUUGCAGGUGCGCUCUGCUUGGGAACAGUUUUCAGUGCGUGGUUGUCGCCUGGGUGCUGGCCCACUGGGCUCAGAGAGCAGGCUACCUGACCGAGAUCCCUUCCGUCAGGCAGAUGCGUGAGACUGGAGGUGGCGCCACCAUCGCCGAUGCCACAGUCAGCAUGGACCAGAUAGAUUGCGACGACGGUGUCUUGGUGCGCCAGCACGAUCUCGAGAGUGAGGAUGCCGCGCUGGACCCCAGCAUCAUCAUCGUGGAAGAGCUGGCCCGCCGUGCCGAGGCCAGAGGCAGCGACAUCAGGCUUGACACGUUCGAGGCGAUGCGGCCUGAUCUGUGGCCCAGGCGACCAGUCAGCGUGGCACGCUGGUCAUGGACGGCCACCGCCAUCUGGGACUGGAAGCACCCCUCCCACAUCACGGACCUUGAGGACGAGUUCAACGCAGAGUCAGAGCAGCGCAGGAUCAGGCUACGCGUCGUCAGCUUCGGGCCGCGGUGGGUCGCCUAUCACGCAAUCUGGCGCAGCCACGGUGCCGUCCACAUUGAUCAACUGGAUAUGCUGGUGGCCGACUGGAUCGAGUGGCUCUGGACUGAAGGGCAUCCUCAGGGCUUGGCAGGGAACACUUUGUCAGCCGUCCAGUUCUUUUUGCGCAAGAAGCGCAUCCUGCCAGCGUCGUGGAGGCUGCUUCGUGCUUGGCAGAGACUAGAGCUGCCGCAGCGAGUGCCUCCGAUGCCUGACAUCGCGUUGACGGCGCUGGCUGCCACCGCGCGUGGCUGGGGCCGCAACGACGUCGCGGCGCUGCUGGUCCUCGGCUUCGCGGCCUUCCUGAGGACCACCGAGAUGCUGACCUUGCGGCGCUGGCAAGUCGCCAUCGACGAG